GUUCGCCUGCCUUGCAACUCGUUCGGUAGUUGCGAACGAGAGCCAGUUCGGUUCGUCCGGUCCUAAUCAAUUCACAAUAAAAAAUUUAAAAUUAAAAAAAUUAUUAAAUCGAUUUUAAAAGCUGAAAAUACUUUUAAAAAGUUUUCUAAGUUGUUUUGAAUGUGUGUAAACUUUUAUGUAAAACAUUGUGUGAGUGUGACAGCGAUCUGCGAGAGUGCAGUGUAAGUUGCGGGAUUUUCGAUGGUCUGGGCUAUUUCGCAUGCGCAGAGCGCAUUGCGUGACGUGCGAGGCGCGUAGGGCGCUCCCUUGGCGCGCAAACGUGCGCCCAAUUCCCAUGUGGUCCCGAAACGCGCGACCAUCGAGGAACGCGAGGCUGAGCGAGCACGCAGCGCUGCACGCGGGACCGGACGCGACCACGACUCACGAUUGUCGUUGAAUAUAUUUCACGGCGAAGCGAAAACGAAAACGAAAUUUUACCCGCGCAUAAUGUGCGCCCAGGAAAACGAUUGAAAAUCCAACGAUUAUAAUAUCACUUGUGUGUUGCAGUUUAAAGCAUUUAAUUAAAAAUUUUAAUUAAAUAAAAUGGAUUCACGAAUUGGUUUGGAUUUCAUCGUUGAGAAUCCGGAAUAUGUGCGAAAAUUGGCGGCAGCGUUGGAUACCAGUAAUAUUGCUGUGAAGAAACAAGUCUUCGAGUUGUUAUCUGCCCUUUGUGUGUAUAACGAGCAAGGACAUGCACGAGCAAUCGAAACACUAGACCAUUACAGAAAAUUAAAAGGUGAACGUUAUCGUUUAACGUUAAUCGUAAAAGAAUUGGAUUUUUCAAAUGCUGUGGAUUAUCAAACAGCGCUGGUAGCGUUUGUGAAUUGUUUAAUCAUCUCGACACCGCGACUCACCGAUCGUAUUCGUCUUCGGAAUGAAUUUAUAGGAUGUAACUUGCUUCCGGUGAUGAAUAACCUCAGAAAAUGUGCUGAAGCAGAACCGGAAUUAGCUGUCCAAUUAGACGUUUUUGACGAGCAACGUGAUUCUGAUGAAGCACAAAGUAUGCAAGGUCCACAUGGUGUGGACCUAAACUCACCAUUGGAUGUAUUUUAUGCAAUUUUGAAACAAGUUGCGGAAACACCACAAGAAAUACCAUUUCUCGCCAUACUUCAACACCUUCUUCGUAUUGAUCCCAAAGAACCAGUAAGUGACAUUAUUUGGGAUGCAGCGGAACGCCUUAUCCACCGCGCUACCCUUUUGGAGAAUCAAGAUGAUGCCUCUCGACUUCUACGCUCACCAAGCGUACAGAAUAAGUUUUUUUGUCAACACUGCCAGCAUCAAAAAUCGGAAGCAAAUCAACGUAGAUCAAGUAUUAAUUCAAGUCCAUCGAGUCCACCGCCUCCCCCACCGGGACCACCUCCACCACCACCUCCAUUAAGUUCGGGUAUGCUACCGCCUCCACCGCCACCACCACCAAAUAUAGCUCCUCCUGUUCCUUCUGGAACAAUGCCACAAUUGUUGCCCAAACGAGAUGAUAGAACAAGCUAUCAUCAAGAAAAUGUAAUGGUGAGGAAACUGCCGCAACAGGAGAUACCAGCACCCAAGAUUAAAAUGAAGACUAUCAACUGGAAUAAAAUUCCGAGUAAUAAAGUCGUGGGGAGUAACAAUGUGUGGACACAGCUGGCUUUUAACCAUGAACAUUCCCCAAUGGCGGAUAUGGAUUGGAGUGAAAUGGAAGGGUUAUUUUGUCAGCAGAAUAAUUCGACUUCUGCGCAGAAUUCUCCUCGAAUGGGUCAUAGGGAUUCGACUGCUUCCACUAGUGAUGUUACAGAUAGAAGAGUACGGAAAGAAACAUCAGAAAUUACUCUCUUAGAUGGCAAGAGGAGUUUAAACGUGAAUAUAUUUUUAAAACAAUUUAGAAGUUCUAAUGCGGAUAUUAUCCAAAUGGUAAAAAAUGGCGAACAUGAUGAAAUUGGAGCAGAAAAACUGAAAGGUCUAUUAAAAAUUCUCCCGGAAAUAGAUGAACUUGACAUGUUGACAUCCUUUGAUGGUGAUUUUGAAAAACUGGGCAACGCGGAAAAGUUUUUGCUACAACUUACUAGUCUUCCAAAUUACAAGUUACGAAUUGAAAGUAUGCUCCUCAAAGAAGAGUUUGCUUCCAACAUGGGUUACCUCGAACCAAGCAUCAAUGCGAUGAUAGCUGCAGCUGAAGAUCUUAUGACAAAUAAACCUCUUCAAGAAGUGCUUUAUAUGAUUCUUGUAUCUGGCAACUUCCUUAAUUCUGGUGGUUAUGCGGGUGAUGCUGCUGGAGUAAAACUGUCUUCACUUCAGAAGAUUACGGAUAUUCGUGCCAAUAAACCCAACAUGAAUUUGAUUCAUUUUGUUGCCCUGCAAGCAGAAAAACGUAAUAAAUCCUUGUUAUCAUUCACGGAUAAUGUAAAUAUCUUAGAAGAUGCCGCAAAGAAUACAGUUGAUCAAUUACACAAUGAAAUAAACACAUUAGAAGCGCGAAUACGCAAGAUAAAGAAACAAAUUGAAUUACCAAACACGGAGUGGGAUAUUAAACAACAAAUGCAUGAUUUUUUGCAAAUGGCCGAACACGAAGUCACCAAUUUACUGCAAGUAAUGGGCCAGUUGGAAAACGUGCGCAAAAAUCUCGCGGAUUUCUUUUGUGAAGACGUCAAUUGUUUUAAACUCGAGGAAUGCUUCCGUAUCUUCCAUCUUUUCUAUUGUAAGUUCAAACAAGCGUUAUUGGAAAACGAACGACGACGUGUUCAAGAAGAACAGGCUCAAGCGCGAAGACGACAAAGAGAAGAAUUGCUCGCAACUAAACGACGACAAAUGGAAAGUUUAGCUGCAACGACACCUGACAACGAAGCAUACGACAUGCAAAUCUACGACAAUCGACCCGGUUACCCCCAACGGAAGAAACGAAUUCCAACGACUUCAUCAGCUAUGACUUCUGAAGACGAGUUAUCUAUUCAAGGAUCACCUUCGGUUACCAGAAGGAGACUGGGUAGUUUCAACGGUAAUAAUAGUGAUUCCUUUGGUCGAGGAGACGAAAAGUCACCGGAUAUCACACCAACGGGUAGUAUACGACGACGUAAAAGUCGUGUUAUGACUGAGGAGGACGAAGGUAGUUUAAUGGACUUCCUAAGGACUUCUGGAAACGAUGCUAGUAGAGAAAGAAAAUCUUGGGGUAGUCUGGAUAGGUCCUGGGCAAGGAGAGCUCGUGGAUCUUUCAGAAAGAGACCUGCAUUGUUAGGAGCUGAUUUUGCUUCUGAUAGAGAAAGACCUUCAAGUCCAUCGCCAUUGAGUGAAUGCAAGCCAAUUGUUCCCGACCAACCUCAUAGUUUGGGAAGUGCACAUGCACAUACUCCAGAAGAACAAAAACCAAAAGAGUGGAGGCAAAAGAUUGAGUCCUGGUUGCAAGCAAACGAGAAAGAUGAUAGUAUACAAAAGAGACGGGAAGCAAACCGUAGAUCAUUAGAGGUAGACUCGGAAAGUGAUAGAAGUAACACCCUUGAUACUCUACCAGAAGGUAAACAGGUUUAUUCUGGGAGUCAAAAUACGUACAGGAAAGUUCAUCCCGAUUGGAAACCUUCCAGUACAAUCGAUCGCACUGAUGUGGUCGGGGCAAUGGAGACUGUGGAAGAUGUCCAGCCACAAUUCAAGGACAAAUCAGCUUGGCGUAAGUCCAAUCUCAACGUUGCCAACAGCACAGAACAAACGAAAGAGAAUUCAAUUCGCUAUAAAUCAAUCACUCCUAUCAAUUCGCCUCCUAUAGAAGCAACAGAAGAUUUGAAUCAACGCAAAGAAUUAAUUAGUUUGCUUGGGGGACGUCCAGCUACUGAUAAGCUGACAAUUUAUAUCCGCAAACCUAGCGAUACGCCACCACCACCAACAAAAAUGACAAAAACAGAAUCGUUUGAUGUAACAGCCACUUCCUCAUCACCAAACAUCAGUAAUAAAGUAGAGAUUGAUCAAGAUAACAUUGAAACACCUCCAGCUACAAGGCGAGUGUUUACACCUACUCCAGUAGAUAAACGUGAACCAGUUGCACCUACGCCUUGCAGGAGAACUCAGUGUAGACCUACAGAUGAGAUGGAUGCUACAUUAUCAUUGGGAGAUGGUCAAUUCGAUCGGUUUUCAGCUGCUAGGCGUACCAGACGAUAUAAACGUCAACAAGAACAGCAGGAACCAACUGAGGCGGUUGUAGAAACACAAAAAACACCGGUGCAUCAGAUUGAAACCAGUGUAGAGACUGUUCAACCAGAAGUGCAUUAUGAUAAAGAUACAAGAUUAAAGAACUGGAAGGAAAGACUUGUUUCUAAAGACUUAACCAUGACAAAUCAAGAUAAAGAAGUUAAAGAACCUAGAAAAAGAUUAAGAAACCUUACUGAUAUCAAUCAAACUGAAAUUAAGAUGGCGAUUGAUAAGAAAACAACACCGGAGAGUAUCACUAAAGAUAAUAAACUGAAAUUAGAAAAGAAGUUGUCAGCAAAAGAAGAAAAUGAUGAAGGUUUCGAAGAAACCCAAAGUCUCAUGUCAGAAUCCCCUAGCCAAGGGGCUUCCUCAGGGAACUACGAGACAGAUCCGCAGGAAACAAGCGCUAAGAAAGAAAAACCCAGCACUCCGAAGAUAAUUAAUAAACGAGCAACACCCGAACGUCCAUCUUUGAUAAAAUCACAACGCGAAAGUAAAACUCAAAAUUUAGUGCAGAAAUUUAACAGAUUAGAUAGAACAGCGUCUACUAGGACAUCUCCAACUUCUCCAUUACAUAAAACCGCAACAUUACCACGGCGUACGUCAAGUUUAAGACGUGACUCUUCCACAUCAAACUCUUCUUCAAGAAAGCCUUCGGUACAAAGAUCAAAUUCGAGAAACUCAAUUGUGAGUUCAAGAAGUUCAUUGAAUAGUGCCACUUCCACGAAUACCGUAAAACGUGUAUCGCCAUUAAAGUCCUCAACAGGAAGCAAUAUAUCGAACAAAAUCGGCUUGGUUCGUGUACCAAGCAUUAAAUCCACAAGUGGAUCAUUGCUUAACAAAACUCCUUUAACUUCGACUAGAACGGGUACUGUUACAAAUGGAAGUGGACUCAAUGUAAAGCCACCAAGACCAAGUUCAUCGUUUAUGAAACCCACCACAUCCAGUUCUACAAAAACUACCACUCCGACUGUUACCAAAAGCACAUUGCCUUUUAGAUCAGGACGUUAAACUAUGUACGUAUGCGUUUUUUUACGAAUUAAGGUUUACAAAUCCGUCCGCAAAUGUUGGUGAUAAAAUUUAUGCAAUAACUAUACGAGUAUAAUUACCGAUGCAAACGUUGUCUACCUAGUCAUCUUAGGAAAUUGCUUUCAAUACUGAAUUUGCCGCACAUAUGAAAUAGACUCUAAAAGAUUUAAACUGCUACUGGUGAACUAAACCUUAUAAUUUAGACUACAUGGCGGGACAAUAACACUAGGCAACCAACAUCACCCAUUAUUAUUUUGUAGUAUAUAAGCAUAACCUAUAUUUCAUGUUAAAGUGAUUUAACUGACUAAAGACUAACUCCCUAAUUAAUUUCUAAUCUAGUUUGGUAAGUUUCAUAUGCAGGAAGAUAUAAAAUAGAAAAGUGAAGCUUACAUACAUUAAUUUAUAUUCUUAGAUGUUUUAAGAAUGAUUAACCAUUCGUUUUAAGUCGUUGUAUCGAUUUAUCCGUAUAAAUAAUUAUUUAUUGUAUUACUUUAUUACCAAUGUAACACAUAUGAAAUAAUUAUAUCUUCGAUUUUGUUACCAAAUAAAACGGAUAUCACUGA